GAUGUUUGCUCCAACUCUAGAAAAUGGCCGUCGAGUAAAGUUGUGUACACUUUUUUCGUGUUCCGUGUUUUUCGCUUAAUUUGAUAGUUUAUUUAAAUGUUUUUAUGAAUUUUGGUUUUGCGUUUUCCUUUUUGCUGCCUGCUAAUUGCAUUAGAAUAAAACCAACAAGUUGUUCAGCUGGGUGUAAAUUAUUGUGUCGUUGUCGCUGACACUCGAAUACUUAUAGCCAGAUGCUGAAGCAGCAGCAGCAGCGACAAUAACACCAGUAAUCAGCACAACCAUCGGCGACAAUGGCAGACAUCGACAUCGGACAUCAGAAUGCGAGGCGUCAGUGAUUAAAACCAGUCAGCCAGCCAGCCCCAUUGGCACCACCAGCAAAAAGCAGCCCAAGAUCCGAGCACCACUCGCUGCUGAAUCAUCAGAAGGAGGAGGGAGUAUUGGAGGAGUACUAGUUUCCCCCCAGCUUCGAGGCGGCAAAAUGGGCUCAAAGCGUGGACCUUCAUCGGCAGCGAUGCUAACAAGUGGGUCUUAUAGAAGCGGAUUGAAUGCGAUAUAUAUAAGCCUGCUGAUCACCUGUGCCGGACUGACGAUCGUGGCAGGUUGGAUGCCCGACGUGCGACCCGAUUUGCAAACGAAACAAGAUAAAGUCUUGGCCCAUUUUAUUGGCAACUCAACGGACUAUUUUAAGAUUUUGGACCACAACGAUGAGUUUGUUCUAGUUGGUGCCAAGGACGUCAUCUACAAUGUGAGCCUGAGUGGCCUGAAGGAGAUUGCGCGUCUGGAGUGGCACAGCACGGAUGCGGAUCGGGAGUUAUGUGCCCUAAAGGGAAAGCAUGAGCGGGAUUGCCACAACUACCUGCGCGUUUUCGCACUCCGCUCAAAUGGCGAGGUGCUGCUCUGUGGCACCAAUUCGUAUAAGCCGCGUUGUCGUCAUUAUACGCCGGUGGAGAUGUCAUCGGAGGAGACCGCCCCCGCUGGCCACGCCCAUGUCAUGCGCUACGAAGUUAGUCGGGAUGUGGAGGCCCAGGGUCUGUGCCCCUACAGCCCCGCCCAUAACAGCACCUACGCCUUUGCCGAGGGGCAGUUGUACAGCGCCACCGUGGCCGAUUUUUCGGGCGGAGAUCCCCUCAUCUAUAGGGAAAACCUGCGUACCGAACAGUAUGAUCUCAAGCAACUCAACCAGCCGGACUUUGUCGGCGCCAUCGAGAGGAACGGCUACGUGCUGUUCUUCUUCCGCGAGCUGUCCAUGGAGUUCAUGAACUUCGGCAAGGCCGUCUACUCGCGAGUGGCCAGGGUUUGCAAGAACGACCGGGGCGGACCCUACAACCACGGCAAGAGCUGGACCUCCUUCCUGAAGGCACGCCUUAACUGUUCGGUGCCCGGCGAUUUUCCCUUCUACUUUGACGAAAUCCAGGCCAUUAGUCCGAUUGUGGAGAGCGGUUCCAAGUCGCUGGUCUAUGCAGUCUUUACCACCUCUGCGAAUGCCAUUCCCGGUUCGGCAGUUUGCGCCUUUAAUGUGGAUGACAUAUUAGCCGCCUUUGAUGGAGAGUUCAAGUCGCAAAAGGACUCGCAGUCACACUGGCUGCCGGUGGACCGGGAGCAGGUUCCAAAGCCGAGACCAGGACAGUGCGUAGAGGAUUCAAGGACACUUACCAGCAUCGCUGUUAACUUUAUUAAAAACCAUCCAUUGAUGGAGGAGGCUGUGCCGGCAGUGCACGGACGUCCUUUGCUGACCAAGGUGAAUCUGCACCACCGACUGACUGCCAUUGCAGUCCAUCCGCAGGUUAAGUCGCUAAACGGCGCCUACUACGAUGUGAUCUACAGUGGCACCGACGACGGCAAAGUGACCAAAUUCAUCAAUAUACUUACCACGCACCCCAACUCGACGGUGGAUCGGCUAAAGACGGUGGUCAUAUCGGAAAUGCAGGUGCUGCCACUGGGAACACCAGUGCGGGAGCUGGUGAUCUCCACUUCGAAGAACUCACUGGUGGUGGUCAGUGAUGGCAGCCUGGUCAGCGUGCCCCUGCACCACUGCACCCACAUUGUUGACUGCUUGGGCUGCCUGAGUCUCCAGGACCCCAUAUGCGCCUGGGAUUUGCAGACGCACGAGUGCAAGAACCUGGCCAUCAGUCAACACAAGUUUGGAACCAAGACCUACCUGCAGAGCUUGAACAGCACCAAAAAAGCUGCUGCCCAGCUGUGUCCCCACAUUCCCCGCGAUGGACCAGGAGCGGAGACGGUGAGCUUUGUCACCAUGGCUCCACCGCCGACGGAGGAGCAGAAACUAUUGUACUCCAAUGUGGGGGCCUCGCAGGGCAGUCAGCCGAGCUUGGAACAGCAACCAACUGGUGGUGAUGACUUUGGCCUUAACAAGAUCACACUUACGUCCAUGGAUCCUGACGAUCUUAUGCCCAAUUUGAAUGAUCCCCAAAAAUCAACAGCCACUGUGGAUGAAAUCAAACAUGCUUCGACGCCAAGCUUGUUGCUCCUCACAGUUAUUGUUUUCAUCACUUUCUUGAUUGGCGGCAGUGCCGGGAUAUUCUGUGUCAAGGCAAAAAGUCGCCUAAUGGAGGCCCAAAUGGAUGAAAGUCAUCGCAAUCAUUUCGGCAAGCCAAUACCAUAUAAACAUCAAAAUACUGGCAAGGAUAUAAAUCUUUUGAUGGGCUCUAAUGCCUACACCACAACACAAAAGACACCCAAUCUGGAUCUUGAAAAGGAUCGCAGUCACGAGUGCAAAAACUCGACGGAACAUUUGGAAAAAGAGUUGCCCUGCAAGACGUCGACGCUGACGAAAGUGAAACGGACGUACAUCUAGUGGGCUUGCAUCGGCAGCAAACUGCAAAAUUAGUCGAAUUUCUAUACUCUAAAACAUAUUUUCUUUGUUUAUGUUGCUGUUAGUUAUAGUAACCCCCCACCCAACCCUCGAAUGAAUAGUAGUCGACAGUGUCGGAUGCGUUUGAAACGCGUCUGAAAAGUAGGACGCAGAAGCUGUUGCAUCUUUUUUUACUUAGCAUGUAUUGUAAUUUAAUUUGAUGUAAAAUUUGUAUAAGUUUAGUUUGUUUGGCAAAAUUUAGUUAAAUUUAUUGACAACGUAGUAAGCGGGCUGCCUUAUCCUGGGGCGGCAGAAGCAUUCCGCAUUCCCCUGACGUCGACCUUUGCUGUCCAAAACUGGAGUGCCUGCCCUUGGAAAGUCAGCCCGAAUGGUGUCGUCGCCCCUUAUGUGUACUCUAAAUGUAUAAUCGUUAAGUGCAAAUAUUAGAGCUGUACAAAUUUAAACACACAUAUCAUACAUACCGAAAUCGAUCCCGAUCAGCUCGUGGUUGAAAAUCCCAGACCCACAGCCUUAAUUAUUUUUCGAAAUUCAAUCGAAUAUUCUACAAGUAUUUUGUUAGACUGAAUGAUUACUUUUUCUAUAUGAGUUUGUUUGUGGAGAACUAACAAAAUGCGACAUGGACUUUAUAAAGCUCUAUGCUUUGUGGCUAACAAAAGCGUAAAAUUGUAUCUAACAUAAGCUCAAUAAGGAAUUGAACAUAGAAUGUAAUUAAAAGUACGAACUAGGCUAAGAAACGAACAUAACUUCUAUGAGGCUGUUUGAUAUGAACUGACACCGCAGCCCACAUCAUCAUGAUGAAAAUACGCACAACAAAAAGGAAACAAUUUGAAAUCUGCAACAACAUCAAGCCUUAUAAAUAGUAUAAAAUCGUGUCGAAUCUAGGCCUUAACGCUAAACUUGUAAGCUUUGCAUGAAAAAUAAUGAGCUUGGCAAUGAAAGUAAAUCAGCAUUUUAAUAUUUUUAUGUUUACUUUUAAGCUGUUGUCCGUCCCACUGAAGAAGUUGCAUAAUACAAUGUACAAUGGCAAUUUUUAUUUAAAACGUGUAAAAUGCAAUUUUCAUCGUAAUUAAUAUAUUUUUAUACGCAUGUCUACCGCCUAAUGUCUAAAACGUAUGCUAAGAAAGUCUUAAAAACCGAAAACCCCGAAAAAAAGCUACACAUAAAAUAUUUUUAAACCUUACAAAAAAAUAAUAUAAAGAUAAAAUUCUCAUAUUGUGAUAGAUUUUAUUGAAAUUUUAUAAAGAAGAAUUGUAAUGCCUUUUGGUUGAAAAACAAUGAUAUAUAUGACGAGAGAGUCUGAUUGCAUGCAUGAUAAUAUUGUGUACGAGGGUCUUCCGCUUGGAGGAUGAAAAACCAGAGAACCCAAAAUGGUAUUUAGUUUUCUAUUACUGUGUAUGUCUUGUUCUGUGUAUAUUGUUGUAUACAUCCGAUAAGCAAUUCGAAAAUCUAAUAAAGUCGUCAUUUUUCAUA